CACGCGAAGGUUUUUCGUUGCGUGGAUAACAGAGGCGGAGGCGAAUAAGAACUAUUCGACUUUACAUUAUGAUCCUUUUUUUUCUAGCUUCUCCGUAAAAACACCCAAAACUUUUUUCAUUUCAACUCAUCUCUCUCGCUCCUCCGUCGCUGUCCGAUUCGAAGCCAAUGUCGACUCUACUGAACCCAAUCUUAUCCAUGGCGGCGAACCCAUCUCCGGUAGGGUUCCUCUCCCGCCUCUCCACCGGUUUCCCCCAAUCCUCCUCCUCCUCCGUCAACAAAAACGUCGCUAGGGUUCUGACUCUAUCCCCCAAAGACUCCGCCUUUACCAUCACCGGAUCCAAUUGGAAACCCGACGACCCGACCCUGAGCAACCACUUCUCCCACCUCCAAACCCUAGUCACAAAAGGCCACAAACCAAACCCAUCCCACUCCACCCAGCUCCUCUACGACCUCUGCAAAGCCAACAGACUCAAGAAAGCGAUCCGCGUGAUCGAGCUCAUGGUCUCCUCCGGCGUCAUCCCCGACGCCUCCGCCUACACCUACCUCGUCAACCAGCUCUGCAAGCGAGGCAACGUCGGCUACGCGAUGCAGCUCGUCGAGAAGAUGGAGGAAGACCACGGCUUCCCUCCCAACACCGUCACCUACAACGCCCUAGUCCGCGGCCUCUGCAUGCUCGGUAGCCUCUCCCAGAGCCUCCGCUUCGUCGAGAGGCUGAUGGAGAGAGGCUUAGCUCCCAACGCCUUCACCUAUUCCUUCCUCCUCGAGGCUGCUUACAGAGAGCGAGGAACCGACGAGGCCGUGAAGCUCCUGGAGGAGAUUGUCGCCAAGGGAGGCGAGCCGAAUCUGGUUUGUUACAAUGUGUUGUUGACUGGUUUUUGUAAAGAAGGGAGGACUGAUGACGCGUUGAGGAUGUUCAGAGAGUUACCUCUGAAAGGGUUUAAGCCUAACGUUGUGAGUUAUAACAUUUGUUUGAGGUGUUUGUGCUGUGACGGGAGGUGGGAGGAGGCUAACGAGUUGUUAGCUGAGAUGGACGGUGGAGAUAGAUCUCCUUCGGUUGUUACAUACAACAUUUUGAUUAAUUCGUUAGCUUUCCACGGGAGAACGGACCAGGCGAUGGAGGUUUUGAGAGAGAUGGGGAGAGGAGUCACUGCCACUAGCUACAACCCUGUGAUAGCCCGUCUUUGCAAGGAAGGGAAGGUUGAUCUCGUUGUGAAGUGUCUGGACGACAUGAUUUACAGACGGUGUAGGCCUAACGAGGGGACGUACAACGCGAUAGGAGCGUUGUGCGAGGGCAAGGUGCGAGAAGCGUUUUACAUCAUACAGAGCUUGAGCAAGAAGCAUAGAUGCUGCACGCACGAUUUCUACAAGAGCGUGAUCACUAGCCUGUGCAGGAAAGGGAACACGUUUGCUGCGUUCCAGCUCUUGUAUGAGAUGACUUGCAGCGGGUUCGAACCCGAUUCUCAUACCUACUCGGCUCUGAUCAGAGGGUUGUGUAACGAAGGGAUGUUUGACGGAGCUAAGGAGGUUUUGUCGAUAAUGGAGGAGAGUGGGUGCUGUAAACCUACGGUGGAUAACUUCAACGCGAUGAUUCUUGGGUAUUGCAAGGUAAGGAGGACGGAUUUGGCGUUGGAGGUGUUUGAGACGAUGGUUGAGAGGAGGAGAAUGCCGAACGAGACGACAUAUGUGAUAAUCGUUGAAGGGAUUGCUCAUGAGAAUGAGCUGGAGCUGGCUAGAGAGGUUCUUGAGGAGCUGAGAUCUCGCAAGGUUGUGGGACAAAACGCUGUAGAUAGGAUUGUGAUGCAGUUUAAUUUAGAUUGAUCAUGAGACUUUAAAUACAUUUUCCUUUUUUACUGUUUGUAUCAUUUUGACCAAGAGGAUGAUUUGUUCAUCUAAGGUUCAGUUUUUGAACAGGACAGAGAUCAAUAAGAAUCAAGAAACACACUGUUGGUGUUUUUUAGACGAUAAA